GAGUCGGGUGUCCAGCCCUUCGGUCGCCACAUCCGGUGCCGGCCGCCCUCUGGCCACGCUGGAGGGGAAGACAGGCCUGUACUUCUCCUCGCUGGACACCACCAUCGACAUCCUGAAGAAGCGAGCCCAGGAGCUGAUCGAAAACAUCAACGAGAGCAGGCAAAAGGACCACGCGCUCAUGACCAACUUCAGGGACAGCCUCAAGAUCAAGGUCUCGGACCUGACGGAGAAGCUGGAGGAGCGGAUGUACCAGAUCUACGACCACCACAACAAGGUCAUCCAGGAGAAGCUGCAGGAGUUCACCCAGAAGAUGGCCAAGAUCAGCCACUUGGAGACGGAGCUCAAGCAAGUCUGUCAGACCGUGGAGACCGUGUACAAAGACCUGUGCCUGCAGCCCGAGGCUGUCCCUGCAGAAGAGCAGAGUCACAGAGACAGCGAAUGCUGACAGCAGCUUCCCAGGAAGCCACGUCCUGGCCCAGGGACUGCCACCCAGGCCGCCGGCGGGGCCACGCCCACAAGGUGGUCUCCCACAGUUCUGUCUUGCACCCUGGCAAAGAUGCAACCUGGGGCCUCCUGCCCCCGGCAUCACACAGUUGAUUAAAUGUUUAAUUUUUCCACCCA